AUGUCGGCGACACGGCGCGCCUGCGCGCGCGCUCUGUUCGGCUGCGUUGUCGCUUUCAUUGGGUCGACCUCGUGUGCGGCCGUCGGCAGCGAUGUGAUGGCGGAAGUUGCAGCGCCGUCAGCUCUACAAACGUUCCUGAAGCUCAUCUCUGGCUACGACGCCGACGACGCCGAUUAUGCCUGGCCGCAACGCCUGCGCACUGGUCGCAGGGAGCCCUACCGCGUGGCGAGUCUACCGCUUCUACUGCUGCCGGUGGCGCUGCAGGAUUCGCGGGAGUUCGAUCAGUAUGAAGUAGGAGCCAAUAGAAGACGACUGGCCGCAGAGUACGAUGCCGACGAGGACAGUGGGCGCGCGGAGCGGGCGCCGCGCCGCCCCGCGCGCCCUGCGCCGCCUGGCGACGACGACGACCGCGCGGCCCCCCUCGCCGCGACUUUCCCUCCCGCCGAGUCAUCGCAGCGGCUCGUGGAACAGUUCCGUGCGCAAGUGCCGAGCGACCCGUCGCAGCCGCCCAUCCUGCAGUCUGCGUUCGACGCCAGCGAGCGCCUGCUGCUUGUGGACGACGGCGAAGACGGUGACAACGGCGACGAGCGCGACGACAGUGGCGAUGGCGACGCCGGCAAUGAGGUGCGGGAGCCGACGCGACGCGCGCGCGCGCUUGUGCCGGGUGCGCGCGGCAAUCCGCUGUCGCCGGGCGCACGCGGCAGUCCGCCGCCGCCGCGCUUCGAGAGGCCGCUAAAGCUGCGCGCACUGCUGACGGUGCCGCGCGCCGACUACUCAGAGACCUACACCGUGUGGUGGAAUCCGGAAAACGGAGAUUCCCGUAUCCAUUUCCAGGACGGCUCGGCGGGCGCGUUCCGCAAACUUCUGCCCAACGGGCUAGUGCAGAGGGUAGAGAUGCACGUGGACCGCUCGGGCGCGGGCGCGGUGCGGCGCUGCGGCGUCAGCACGGUGGCCGAGCCCGCGGCGCGCGCGCACCCCGCGCUGCCGGACCUGCAGCUGUUCGCGUUCGCGGGCUACGACGAGCUGGGCGCCGAGCGCUGGCAGCACCGCGCGGCGGCGGGCGGCGCGCGCGGCGAGGCGCUGUCGGCGCUGCACGAGCUGCUGGUGCGGCGCGAGGCCGACGACUCCGUGCGGCCGCUGCGGUACCGCGUGGCAGUCAACAGCUCGGUGCUGGGCGCCGACUGCGACGGCUACCAGCACUUGUACUUGGACGCGCGCCAUCACAACCGAGGACCGGAAUUUUUUGAAGCCGACCUAGCCGAGCUGUGCGACGAGGUGCGGCCGCUCGGCGCGUCGGAGCCGGCUCUGCAGCCCCUGCGGGAGUUCACGCGGCCGCACGACGCGCAGCACGACGCGGCGCGACUGCAGCGGUUCAAACAGCAGCACGGGCGGCAGUACGCGGACGACGCGGAGGAGGCCGUCCGCCAGAACCUGCUGAGGCAGAGCGCGCGCUUCGUGGCGGCCGGCAACCGCGCCGGCGCCUCGUUCCGGCUCGGCCUCAACCUGCUGGCCGACCGCCUGCACGCCGAGGCGCGCGGCCUGCGCGGCGUGGCGCGCGACGGCGAGCGGCGCCGCGCCGAGCGCUUCCCGCACGCGCGCCGCGCGCUGCCCGCGCUGCAGCGCCGCCUGCCCGCGCGCUUCGACUGGCGCGCGCGCGGCGGCGUGUCGCCCGUGCGCUUCCAGGGCGCGACGUGCGCUUCGUGCUGGGCCUUCGCGGCGGCGGGCGCGGUGGAGGGCGCGCUGUUCCGGCGCAGCGGCCGCCUCACGCCGCUCUCCGAGCAGCAGCUGGUGGACUGCGCGCACGAGUUCGGCGCGCGCGGCUGCGGCGGCACGUGGCCGAGCCGCGCCUACGACUACGUGCAGGAGCGCGGCCUGGCGGCGCUGGACGACUACGCGCCCUACGAGGGGGAGGUGCAGGCGUGCCGCGCCGCGCCGGCCGCCGCGCGCAUCAGCGGCCACGUCAACGUCACCAAGCACAGCGUGCCGGCGCUGCAGGUCGCCAUCCAGCAGCACGGGCCGGCCGUCGUGAUCGUGGACUCCAGUCCGAAGAGCUUCACUCUGUACAAGGCCGGGGUGCUCUAUGACGAACGCUGUUCUAAGAAGAGUGCAAAGCACGCCGUCCUCGCUGUGGGAUGGGGCCAAGAGAAGGGCGAGCCGCACUUCAUCCUCAAGAACUCGUGGUCGGACGCGUGGGGCGAGCGCGGCUACGUGCGCGUGCAGGCGCGCGCCAACACGUGCGGCGUGCUCACGCACCCGUCUUACCCGCGCCUAGAAGACGACGACGUGCUGUAG